CUUUUGCAAUUUAUUCGAAACUUUCCGACAUUUGUACGUUGUUCUGUAUUCCCACUCGAAAAUUUGUUUGUCAUUCACACUUAUCUGUACUCUAACUGGCUCUUUAACUGGCAUGCAAUCGACAGACAGCAACACCACGAGUUGACAGCUUCUGUCGACGACACGCGUAGCCGCAAAGGUUUAACAGGAAUAAGUAUCGGACGAUCAGUGUAUUGGCAAUCAUCGUAGAGUAAAUGCUAUCCUCUGGGCUGAUAAUCGCGUUCCCGAUUCGUUAAUUAAAAAGCCUCUGUCGCGCAAAGUGAGUUAUGUCACGUAAUAGCCCGGCAACGGGUCACCUAAUAUUUCUUUGAACGUUCCGUAGUCCAUAUUAAAUCCGUGAAAGAGAAAUGCCCUAUAUUAAUUUUACGCUUCGGUAGCACGACUAAAAAAAAAAAAAGAAAAGCGAGCUUACCCACGAAUAAGUAAGCCCCCGAUGACCUAGUAAAAAUAUAAGGUAAUAUUAGAGACGGAUUUGUCGAGGAAUGUACAUUCCACCGCUACAUUAUUUAUAGGCGUUAAUUAACACAACGUGAUAUGUAAUCUUGUUUUGAACGGGUUUCUCUAGAAAUACGUUCUCUUUGAAUAAUUUCUUUUCAUCCCUUUAAUUCGGGGUGAACGUUGUAUCUGUUUUAAUGAAAAUUCGUUACUCUUAGUAUUUUUAUCUCCCUUAUAUUUUCACUCAAGUUCUUAUACUCGUUUGGUAUUGAAUAUUAUCUUCGAUAUGCAGUCUAUCUUUAUUCGAUCACUCACAAUCAGUGUCACGAGAAAGUUCCCUCUUUUAUAAUUGCAGACAUUGUGAUGAUAAUCCGUAAGAAAGUUUCGGCGAAUUCAGGCUAAUACUAAGUGUGUCAUAACGUACUUUAGAUUACACAAAGUGCUUUUACAUUGCAUAAUGCAAUUAGCAGGGUCAUUUAAGCGACCGAUAGAACGCGAACGCUUCUCCGAUCCUCAUUCAAGCUAUUGUUCUACGUCUACCUUUCAGUUUCUGCGUGAUAUAAUCUCGUUCCCGCCGCUACGUUUACCGAGAGCGUAAAUCACUUUUCCUCGCGAGAAGUAGUACAAGAUAGAAAUCAAGCGUGGAGGCACGAAGAAAUAAAUGAAUAGUGAGACUUACUCGUGAACAGCCGUGAGAUGCGAGAGGGCCUAGCGAUCGGAUUCCAUGCGGCUACUUUUCUGCAGUACGCUUUCGCGGUUUAUUACGAUUACACGUACACGAUCGUGCCGCACAAUGUCACGAGCAUGCACAACGCCUACGGUGGGAAGUUCAAGUUCCUAACGUUCUGGGAUGCGAUUCUGCAAGCGGUAUUCUUUUUGAUAUGUCUCUUGAACGAUCUAUUCGGCACGAACGCUAUAAACCCCAAGAAGCCGCCCUUCAUGCGAAAAUUAAAGGAUCAUGUUCACGCGAGCCUCGGAUUUCCCCUUGCUAUAUUCGUCGGCGUGACCUUCUGGGCGUUGAUGUUUGUGGACCGUGAACUGGUAUUGCCGAAAGCGCUGGACCCGUACUUUCCAUGGUGGUUGAACCAUUUAAUGCAUACAAUGAUCAUGGUGACGACCGUACUGGAGAUGAUCGUCGCACCACGACAAUAUCCCAAGCGAUCUCGCGGCCUCGGAAUACUCGCUACCUUCAUGCUCACGUAUUUAGUCUGGAUACACGUAAUCUAUUACAAAAGCGGCGUUUGGGUAUACCCCGUGAUGGAUGUGUUGACGCAACCACUACGGAUCUUGUUCUUCGCCGUACUGCUGACGUUCUGUACGAUCCUAUACUUCGUCGGGGACACCUUGAACAACAUCAUCUGGGGUAACGAAAAUACAAAGCAUAAAAAGUCUCACGCCAAAUCCAAGUAGCCUCGUCCAAGCGUUCCUAACGGGUGAUAAAAGCCACGUCUGUCUGCCGCCUGCGGUGUUGGUGAAUAAACAAAAUGGAUCUUUUCUACACACCCUCCGUUGCAGCAUGCACGAUGUAUUAUUUAUCAGAAGUAAAUGUCAUUUAGAAUGUUAGUGCUGUGUAUGUGCAUGUGAGGCGCAGUUUAGGGGAAGUAACAGUGAGGCUCGCGCGAUCGUUAACCCAGCUCGGUGGAGAUAACACGAAUGAGCAGGAGCAGCAUGCAAGGUGCAACGCAUUUCCACGCGAUCACGGACCAAGGGAGACUAAUCCGUGGGUAUAGCGUUUCUUCUCUAAUUUUUUUUUUCAUUUUACGCGCCGAGCAAAUAAAAUGAUGCCUCAUAUCAAUUCCUCUUUCCCCUCCGCCCAUGAUAAUACUUAUUUUUGUACUUUCGUAGCGAACGAUCUAUAUUAUUGUUUUUACAAUAAAGUUGUAAUACGAUGCACGUAGAAUACGUGUAUAAUAUAUGCAUAUGAUGUAGCAUACGUGACAAUUUGCCCAAACUAAAGUCCAGAUAUAUUUGUGUGAUCGAGUGUAGGAAAAAAAUACGUAGCAGAGAGCGUGGAACCGGAUAUGAAAACGUAGAAACAGCGGACGGACGAGAGGGAAUCGUAAAUGUACCGAUCGUAACGUACCGAUCAUCCGGGGAUAAUGCUGAGGACAUUUUCUUGCUACAAGUGAGAAGUGCCUUGGCGAAACCUAGUACCGUUUAUGGAAAGAAGAUUUUAACUUCGACGUUGAGAUGAAAAUAUAUGAUUAUCCAUGUAUGAUUAUUCAUAUAGUUUAAUUCAGAGAGUAAUUUAAUGAUAUAUAUGGCCUAAGAAUUGAUAUUGAUUGUCGUAACAUAUAUUUUCCUAGAAGUUUUAUUAAAUAUGUUCAAUGAAUAGACUUUUGAUAUAUACGUUUCUUGCCAGAAGAGUUUAAAUUAAAAAUGUUUUUAAAUUAAAGUAUGUAUGUUAGAAUUAUGCAUUGUUUACAGAAUGUGUCUCGCAAUGGUUCGAUACGUUAUAAUAAAAAUAUAAAUAAGAAUUAUUUUAUUUAUAAUUUUUCUCGAAGGUAGAAUUAUACAUUAAAUGCAAUCAAUGAAAUUUAGUAUGUUGAUUGAGAAAGUAAUAUACAUUUUCAUAUUUCGCGUAUAUUGUAACAAUGAAAUUUUAGAGAUGUUUAAAAAUAUUGAAAGAAUAAUUAGGCUAAUACUGCAUAAGUAUGAAACAAAUGUAAUGAUACAAAGAGACACAGCUUAUGAUUAGUACUUUUCAAUAGAGAAAUUUGUACUAGCCGUAAAUGAUUGACAAAAUACGAUUUAUAGUUUCGUAUUAGAGAGAGAUAUAUAUACACAUAUAUAUGUAUAUAUCUCACUUACUUUUAUAUAUAAAUAAAUAUAUAUAAAAGUAAUCCUACCUAUUUUCCUGUGACUAUAAAAAUGUGGCUAUUGUAAAAAUAAAUUAUCUAUUAAUUAUUAAAAUAAAGAAUGUUCAUUGUUCUGCAUUCUAUGAAUGUGAUUUAAAUUACAAUUAUAUCAGAUUAUUUUGUUUCCAAAGUAGCCACUAAUUUAUAGAUCACUAAUGUAGACAAUUGUAAAACGCAUUUUAUUCAGCCACUUAAAAAAAUAAAUGUAUAAACAUACUCGCGCGCACACACACGCAUAUACACAUACACAUAUAAUAUCUCACUGUCAUAGAAUGUUCGAUACAUUCUUACAAAACAUUGGAAGACAUAUAAUAUUAAAGAUAUAAUAGUAUCCACUCUUACGAAAAAAUAUGUACAAUGUUAUAUAUUUAAGAUCCUAGUGUCAUCACAAAUUAAAAAUUAACUACCUGGCACUCGAUACGAGUUGUCAAGAUACCGUACUAAGAUUUGAUUAUUAUUUUAGCGGUAAUAAUAAAAAUGUGGAAAAAUA